CGUGCAAGAAACACCAUGCGAGAGCGAGGAAGGGAAAGCGCCCGCCGCCGGCAGUCAACAGCCCGAGGGAGGGGGGCAAAAGGGCCCCCGCUUGUCGGCCGCCGGUUGCAGCUGAUGCCAAGCGCCCCCCCCCCCCCGGCCGCCCGGAGCCAUUGCCCGCCUGCAGUCCAGCCCGCCCUCCCGGGCUCCAGCGCCGGGCUUUGCCGCGUGUCCGGCCUCCGGUUUCCCGUCCUGCCGCUCCUGGCUCCCUUCCCGGCCAGCUCCGCUUCCGGACUUUCCGCCCUGCCGCUGCCCCAGCGGAGACGGGCAUUGGCGGCUGCGAGCGCCCCCCUGCCCCCGGCCGGGCCCUCCCCACGCAGCCAGGCGCCGGCGACGCAGUGGGAAGAGGCGGCCGACGGGGCGAUCUACGCCGUGAGCUGCCGCUCCUCGGCGGGGGGCCCGGCGGCGUCGGAGGGCGGCCCGGGGCAGUCGCGGGCGCUGAAGGCGGGCUCCCUGCCGCGGCUGGUGCAGCACCUGCUGGAGGCGCCGGCGCUGGGCGACCCCUGCUACGUGCCCGCCUUCCUGGCCACCUUCCGCACCUUCGCCGCGCCCCGCGUCGUCCUGGUGCUGCUGCUGGACAGGCUCCAGGCGGUCUCCGAGGAGCAGGGCAGCCCCGAAAGCGCGGAGCUGCAGCGUGCGCUGGGAUCUCUGCUUUGCUCCUGGCUGGAUGGGUACCCUGAGGACUUCGUGGGUCUGGAGCCCGGCCUGCGGGACCAGCUCGUGGGCCGCCUGUGCUGGGCCCUCGGGAGCGGCUCGGAGCAGGAGAAGAGGCUCACAAGGACCCCCACCGAGGGAGCCCCGGUGGCGAGGGAGGAGCCGGAGGAAGACGAGGCCGUGGUGGAGGAUGAGGACCCCGAUCCCCAUUACAUCCUGGGCCUCCAGGCAGACGAAGUGGCCGCCCACCUCACCGCCCAGGACGCUGAGCUCUUCCUGCGCCUGGUUCCCCACGAGUGCUUAGGCUCACUCUGGUCUCAGCGCGACAAGAAGGGCAAUGAAGGAACCUGCCCCACCGUCCGGGCCACAGUGGCCCAGUUCAACCGGGUGACCAACGCCGUCGUCGCCUCCUGCCUGAGCGACACAGGGCUGCGUGCCUCACAACGGGCCCGGCUCCUGGAGAAGUGGAUCCGGGUGGCAGAGGAGUGCCUCUCCCUCCGGAACUUCUCCGCGCUCUACGCUGUGGUCUCUGCCCUCCAGUCAACCCCGCUGCAUCGUCUCAAGCGGACCUGGGAGGAGACGUCCAGGGACUGUGUCCACUGCUACGAGGAGCUCAGUGCCAUCUGCUCAGAGGAGGACAACUACCGCCAGAGCCGCCGGCUCCUCUUUCAGGAAGGCUGCCCUAGCGCUGAGCCCGCCCAGCGGAGGCACCAGCAGAAGGCUCCGGAGCAGCGCCCCAUGGGCGUGGUCCCGUAUCUGGGCACUUUCCUGAAGGACUUGGUGAUGCUGGAUGCGGCCACACGAAAACGACUGGAGAACGGAUACAUUAAUUUUGAGAAGCACCGCAAGGAGUUCGAAAUCUUGACCCAGCUGCGUCUCCUGCAGGCCGCCUGCCGCAACUACGCGCUGAGGCGUGACCGCGCUUUCCAGCGGUGGCUGCAGCGCCUGCCCCGCCUCACCGAGACUCAAAGCUACCAGCUGUCAUGCGCCAUUGAGCCACUAGGGGACGGAGGGGCCCCCACCAGACCCAUCAAGCCUUCCGUGGUCAUCACCCAGUGCACAGACCUUCUCAGCUCGAUUGGGAUGGGCACACCGGUGGCCAGGGACAAGCCCAGCUCCUCCCAGGCACCACCUGACCUGCUGCUGUCCCCUUCUUCCUCCCUGGCCCAGCAGGUGAAGUGGCCCUCGGUCUCCGCUCUCGACAGAGCCCCAGAGGACGACACACCCUCCUUGCCCGCGGGCCUUGCCCCACCUCCUGCCACUGGUGGUGGCUUCAUCCGCGGGCACCGGCGCUCGGCUUCCUGCGGGUCAGCCUAUCCCACAGCCCCCGCGCCAGGGAGCGCUUCCGCCUCCGAGUGCCGCAUCAUUCGCGUGCGCAUGGAACUGCACAACGGCACCCUCUACAAGAGCAUCGUGGUGACGAGUCAGGACAAGGCACCGGCCGUGAUCACGAAGGUGCUGGAGAAACACAGCCAGGACCGGGGCCUGGCCCCCAGCUACGAACUGGUGCAGCUCCUGCCAGAAGGCCGAGAGUUGGCCUUCCCUCCCACGGCCAACGUCUUCUAUGCCAUGAACAGCUCAAGCCUCGACUUUGUGCUACGACGCAAGUGCCCACGGGGCUCCACGCCCCCUCCGCUGCCUCCUCCCCGGACCCCAGUGCCGCGAGGCACAGAUGUCAACGCUACUUUCCCAAAGAUCAAAGCCACUGGGCGCAGGAUCGCCAAGGCCCUCUUCUGAGAUGGAGACCGGCAUGCCCCCGUCAUUGUUGCCAGCCUGUACCGGGUGCUGUUGG